AUGAAGCAGAGACAUAAAAUGAAGCGGGAAUCGCCAAAAGUGCAACACAACAUCAAACGCAAACAGAGCAUAACGGAAACGAGCUCCGUCACAUGUGAUACCGAUGGUGGUAGAGACUGGAAUAUUUCAGAAGACCUUGAUGUAUCAAGAGGGGUGGAUAAGGAAAGUUCAUAUAGAGAUAAUAAUGAUAAAGCACAAGCGUCUCAGGAGGGAAGUCAUCGGCCUCCUGUGCUUACUCUCAAUCCGAGAGUGCUCACUGUCUGCAAUUUUUCAAAGCGAAAUGCAAAUGACAUAAUAAAGUCUGAUGUCAAACUCGUCGCGGUCAAAAGUGUCAUAGAAAGGAAUCUUACCAUUAUGAUGUUUGCGGCAUCAAUGGUUUUCAUUCUGUGUUUCGCACCUUACUUUAUGAUAAGAGUUAUCAUGAGGGUUUAUCUUGGUAUUGGGAUAGAUUUCGAAAUGAAAACAGGAAGCCAGUUUGCAUUACUAUUGCCAAUUCUAAACAGUGUCUUCAAUCCGGUCUUUUACUGUGUUUUCAAUCCCGACUUUAGGAAGUUCUUAAAAUGUGGAUUUUGA